AUGUGCAGAGACCCAAUACCAUACCACACCUCCAGACUCUCUGGAGAAAUGUGGGUCCAGGCAGUCUUGACCGGUCAUCCUGAUUGUAUCUGCUGUGAGUUUGGUAUGAGCAAGGAGGUUUUUGUUGAGCUUGUUGAGGAGCUUCAAGGCAUUGGUCAUAAAAACUCAAAGUUUGUUACCCUGGGGGAACAGCUUGCAAUUUUCCUGUAUACAUGUGUAACUGGCCUGACAGGCAUGUUGGCAAAUGAUUUCAGUGAUCAAAUGAUAUGA